AAAGAGGGAGGCUUGGUGUUUAAAACUGUGCCAAAUGGCUGUGUGGACUGUGGCUGUGGUGACCCUGGAUGAGGGACACGCUGAAAGUGAUUCUUCUUCUUCAGAUGAGGCUGAUCUAAUUAUUUUGUUGAUGCUGGCUUUGCAGUGUAUGAGAGCUGACAGAACUGAAAGCUCAGGGAACUGGGAGCCAAAAGAGAGUCAGAGGUUGGGGUUUUGUACAGGAUGGAACAGCUCGCUGUGAGCAGCUGCUUCAGAGACGCUUUCUCUCUGGCUGAGAAACUCCGCUCCAGCCUGGAUCACAUGACCUGACAGCGGUGCGCGGAGACGAGGCAGCGCCACGGUGCCACAGAACAGUCCACCACCUGAUCCACGCCACCGUGGCUCUGCGCACACUUUCUUUCUACUUCACAUCCUCAACUCUCGCUAGAAGGCUGUGCUGCACCUCGACUAGGAUGACAGGAAAGACUCUGACCAGCAACGUAACGAACAAGAAUGACCCACGUUCCCUCAACUCUCGUGUCUUCAUCGGAAACCUCAACACAGCCGUAGUGACCAAGGCUGACAUUGAAGUCAUUUUUGGAAAGUACGGGAAGAUAGUGGGCUGCUCUGUCCAUAAAGGCUAUGCCUUCGUCCAGUACGCCAGUGAGAGGAACGCCAGAGCGGCUGUGGGCGGAGAGAACACCAGAGUCAUCGCUGGACAGUCACUAGAUGUCAACAUGGCAGGAGAGCCAAAACCAUACAGGUCAAAGAUUGGCUCCAAGAGGCCUCUCUCAUCACUCUACAGUGGCUAUGAGUUUGACUAUGACUACUACAGAGAUGAUUUUUAUAGCAGACUUCUUGAGUACCAUGGUCGUGUAGUUCCACCAUCCCGGACUGUGAUCCCGAUCAAACGCUCUCGACUAACUGUGCCCUCAACACGCAGAGUCAAAACCUCCUUCUCAUUGAGAGCUUGCUCUUCCUCCUCUUCUUCUUCUUCUUCCUCUUCUCGAACUUUCAACACUGGCUCUUCAACCAAAGGUCCUAAAUUGAGGACAGACCAGCUUGUUACAAUCAAGAAGGAGCUGUCACACAUCAAGACCAAGAUAGAUUCACUGCUGGGAAGGCUGGAGAGGUUUGAUGGGCAACAUCACACUGACACUGAGGUGCAGAGGAAACAAGAGGAGAUGUGUGAACGUCUCCAUGGUGACCGCUGUGGUGGAGUGGAGGUGGAUGGUGCAGACGAUGUGGAGGCAGGGGAGAUGACGGAUGGUGGUGGUGACGAAUUUGAAGAUGUAGCCACCAGUGACAUGAUAGAGAACCAUAUAUCGGAUGUUGACAAUUAAAUCAGGUCAGUAUCUAAGUGUAGUAUAUAACACAAUACUGUUUUAAAUUGUAAAUAUAAGGGAACAAACCAAUUGCUGUCAGUUGGUGUCUCAGAGAAUAGAGUAAGCGUAAAGAAAUGAUGUUUGCAGAAGUUCAACUUGGAGGAACAGUUACCAGCAGAACCUUCUUCAACGAUAAGGGGUUAAAGAAAAGAAAGGACUGUUUUUGAAACUAUUAUGUUCAAAUGUUCCUCAUUGGAAUAUAACUUUCCUAAUAUGUACUUGCUGUAUAUUGACAUUGACAUGCUAAAAAACUACAAAACUCCGAACCUUUACGUAUAUUUGUGUCUACUAUAUUUUAGUCUGUUUUAUGUAUAAAAUCUGAUAAUGUGAUCAAGCAGAUAAAUUAUAAAUGCCCGCCUUUGUUGUUCUGCA